UUUGAAAAAUACGUCCGGGAACUCAUUAGCGUUGAUGAUGUAAUGGAAGAUGAGGAACUCGCCCUCGGACCAAAUGGAGCGCUUGUGUUUUGCAUGGAAUAUCUGGUUCAGAAUAUGGAGUGGCUCCACGAUGAACUUUGUGAAGGCGAAGAUGAUUACUUCAUCUUCGAUUGCCCUGGUCAGAUUGAGCUCUAUAGUCACCUGCCAAUUAUGCGCCAGCUGGUUGACGCUUUGAGAGCUUGGGACUUCAAUGUUUGCUCAGUAUUUCUUAUUGACACACAUUUUGUGCUGGAGGCUGAAAAGUUUAUUGCUGGUGCGCUAACUGCUCUGUCAGCAAUGAUAGCUAUUGAAACUCCUUGCGUAAAUGUGCUCACGAAGAUGGAUUUGUUAUCAGAGAGGAAUAAGGCUUUGGUGGAGGAUUUUCUUGAGACGGAUACGAGAAGCAUUGUAGAACAUGAUACCACGCACAUGUGGAAUGAGCGACAUCGUCAGUUGACCAAAACAAUUGCGCAAGUACUCGAGGAUUACUCGAUAGUAAAGUUUGUCCCUCUGAAUUCGGAUGAUGAGGAGAGCGUUGAACAAUUAUUACUUGUAAUCGACACUACUAUCCAGUAUGGAGAAGACCUCGAAGUUAAGGACAGGUUCCCAGAAGAACAAGACCCAGAGGAGUAG